GUUUUGAUCGUCGCCAUUUGUAUCGCGCAACAUUUUGGGUUUUGAUGGUUUAAACGUCAGUUCCUGUUUUGUCUCUUAUGUGAUCAAGUACAGAUAACUUAUCACCAUGGCAACGUCUGGAUUCUCAAUGCGGAGUAUGGCCAAAGGGAUGAGGUCCGUAUUGAACAUCUACAAUAUGGACAUGUCCAAUCCUGCAUCAGCUCAGGUCAUCUUGAAAGCAGUCACCACAAUGAACGAGGACAUCCAGUUGGUGGAGACUCAGAUGAACGACCUCGUGGUGGAAGGAAACAUACAAGAUGACGCUACACUUGUGCUACAUAAACACAACUUCAUUGGAGCUACCAGCAUCAUAAAGGAAUCACUCUGUCAGCUCGGCAAUAUCGUCAGGCUGGCCGCAACGCUGACGAAUGUGCCAAAAGAAACUAAUGACUGCAUGUACAGCAUGGUGGACAGUGUCAAACGACAGUUCAAUUAUGGAUUCGACCAGGCCAAGGAAAGCUUCAGUGCGUUGAGACAGAGAGUUAAUACGACACCACGUCUUCAAGAAUCCCAACUCAUCCAGAAAAUACUGGAAGAAAUUGGAGAUAAUAUUGAAUUUGCCAGAGCCAAUGAUGAAGUGGAAGAAAGGUUGAAUUGUUUGGAUAAUGUCCGACAAGGUCAGGAGGCAUUGAAUAAUGCCGUAGAUGAAGUGAUGUGUAAUGACUGUCCUGAGGGUGAACGUCAGCAACUCAGACAGAUACAACAUGAAAUGAAUGUUGGUACGAAGAUGUGGGACAUGGUGUUUUAUAUUGGUCAUGUGAUGGUGUUUAUUCUUACACUUGGGGCAAGUGUCAACAGAGCAUCCUAG